UGCAGUUUUCAACACCGAACAAUUUAGCGCUAAUAACAGCUGAAAUUUUGUUUUAUGUAAACAACGGAUAACUGAAAGAUCGUAUUUCCUUCUUUUAUUUUUUAAAAUAAUUGCAUAGAGAUAUUACUCACUAGAAUGGUUAAAGUGGAUGUCGAGUACUGUCCAAAAUGCAAUUUCGAAUGGCAAUGCAAAAUGCUACAAAACUUUCUACACCAACAACAACCAGAUGCGGAAGUAGUAUGUUCUAAAGGACGUCAAGGAUCAUUUGAAGUCAAAAUAGAUGAUACUUUGGUGCAUUCAAAAUUGCAAUCGUUUGCCUUUCCUGAUCACGACAGCGUUUUGGAAAAUGUGCGACGCGCAGAUAAGGGUCAACCGGUUGAAAAGGUUAAAGAGCAACCAAUUGACAAUUGUGCAUUGAUGUGAUAUCCAAACUGCAAAGGACACAG